AUGUCCGUUCUUGGAUCACAAUCAGGUCUUUCCGAACAAACGUUUUCGGAUGCAGAUGACAGCAAUGUCCCAGUGCAGCAUCUAGCGGACACUGUAGACAGACGGAAAGCUCAGAAUCGGAUUGCCCAGAGAAAGCAUAGACAGAAACUUAAGAAAAGAAUAGAGGAGCUGGAGCUGCAACUGGAGUACGCCGGCCUCAACUCUCGGCCGAUGCUCCACAGAACGUCGCCUCACCCUAUACCCAUGACCAUGUCGUCGUAUUCAAAUUCAACGGAGGAAAACAUGUUACCUCAUGUUGACCAAAUCGAGGAUUUCUUCACUAGACCUAACAAUCAAUUUAAGAGCUUCCGCAGCACUCAAGAACAUAGCUCAGUAUUUGGUCACUCGCCUCCACUUGGUCACGACACAAUGCCGCUAAUUGCUGAGCACAUGUCACCAUUGCCAAUGCGUAACUCGACAAGCGAAAACCCCGGUAACAGACCUUUCAACCAUGCCUACACUCGCCGUGGUGCAGAGCCCUCGGCACAUUCUCUCUGGGCGACACCAACUACCCAUUUCAAUGAAAUCACGAUGCCCGGCGCUAGCCGCGGGCCUUUAUUGCACCCGAUGAAUGACGCGGCAGAACUUAUUGACCCAGUUACUCCUCGCUCAUGGAACAUGGAGCGCAAGAUCGCCUACAUUGUCGAUUGCGCCAAGAUGCUCGGUUUCCGCGACUUCGACUCUGUCGUAACGACCUACUACACCACCUCGUUUGAAGUCAUGUCUCGAGCUCAUGAUAUGCAAAAGGUCAGCAGGAUACGUGGCCUUGGUUCUGUCCUUCGGGCCCUUGAUGCCAGCGCCGAGGCCUGGCCACACCACGAGAGCCAAAUCUUUCAGGCUGAGAUUUUCAAAGCUGCUGAGCAUCUUUACAGGGCUGAAUUUCAGAAAUCAAUCGAUAGCGGAGCGUUGAUGGUUCUAGAGGGGCGCAUGAAAGAGAAUGAAAUUAAUGGACAGGCGGUCAAAGUUACAUCUCAUAAGAGUGAGCUCUUGUCACAGGUGAGUUGA